CAAAUAUUUGUGACACCAAUUUGUGUUUGAAUCUCACUAUGAAUUAAUAUGGUGUCAUUAGAUUGCGAUAUAAUCGCAUUAUUAGCUGACAAUAGUUGGCCACAAAUACAUCACAAUUAUUUUGAGCGCCUACACCACAGUGUAGACAACACACUAUUGACGGACAAUAAUCAUAACCAUAAUAGUCAUAAUAGUUGCCAUAAUAAUCAGUUGCUAUUGAGAACUCAUUUACUCGGCUACUGUUCCCCACAACGGCAUCAGUGGUGGCGGCGGUUGGGCUCUCACCUCAGGAUCACUGCAGAAUGCCUCACAAGGGUCAUUCGGGCAUAAACCAAUUGGGCGGCGUAUACGUCAACGGACGGCCACUGCCCGACUCGACGCGACAAAAAAUUGUCGAACUGGCCCACAGUGGCGCCCGACCCUGCGAUAUAUCCAGAAUACUACAAGUGUCCAAUGGUUGUGUAUCCAAGAUAUUGGGCCGGUAUUACGAGACGGGUUCAAUAAGGCCCCGGGCGAUCGGGGGCAGUAAGCCCCGGGUGGCCACCAACGACGUGGUCAGUAAGAUAGCCCAUUAUAAGCGCGAGUGCCCCUCCAUAUUCGCCUGGGAGAUCAGGGACAGGCUGCUGUCCGAGGGAUGCUGCACCAAUGAUAACGUACCAUCCGUGUCGUCGAUAAACCGGGUCCUCCGUAAUCUCGCGGCUCAAAAGGAGCAACAGACCCAUUCCCAGGCUGCCGACGCUGUCUACGAUAAGCUCCGUAUACUCAACGGCCAGAGUUGGCCCCGACCCUCGCCCUGGUAUCCGGGAGGGGCUGCCUUUGGUGGUAUACCAGCGCAUUGUGUGCCUACCGUUCCGCCCCCGACUACCAUUGAAAAUGGCAACUCUCACCAUAAAAAAGCUACCAGUGCCACACAACAACAGCACUGGUAG